ACUGGUCACUAAGUUACUCGCUAUCCGUGUCAUCAACUCGAGGCUUUGAAUCGACACCUCUAGUACCCGUACCAUUUCUCAACCUUGGACACCUCUACAGCAAACGUUUCCGACCAGAUGGCGGGCGACGGCCUGCUCGACGUAUCGGUCGAGAAAGAAACCUCUCUCAUGCCCGCUACACCACCUCCAAGAAGGCCUUCCGGCUCUUACACUGCCCCCAACACUCCGAUCUUGGCAACUCGAGCCUCAUAUAUCGCUUCAGGACCUGCUGGAGUAUGGGCGAGUCCAGCUGGAAACCACACAAACUACAUCACGGUUACCAGCACUUCCCCUGGUCCACCCGUCAACCUAGAUGGAGCCAAAGACUACAUCUCAUACUCUCCCGCAUCUUACCGCUCCAAUAUCGAAAGCCGGAUAUCCCGUUCUUCCUCCCCUGUGGCUCGGUCCAGAUCACCACCUCACACUCCGAUCGCGCUUCGAAGGAUCUCCAUUUCAUCCCAGGAGUCCCACGCCGGCCCGCACAGUCUUAGUCGAGCUUCUAGCAGACUAUGUAGUACUCCCGGUGGUCACAGUCUAAGGCAUCAGACCAGUAGAGAAGAUAUCUCGGAUGCCGCUUCGCUUGACGAUCCCCGAUCGGUCAUGACCGAGGAAGUGCUCGUCGCAGGACAGCCCUCGCUUGCAAACAUGAUGGCCAUCUUGGGAACCCACAAGUCGCUGCUUCCUUCUCCGACCGCCUCUCCAUCUCACACGAACUCUAUCCGUCUGGCUCCUCCUAUCUGGGAUGUAUCCGGACCUAGCCGUCUCGCACCCAAGCCUCACCUCGAAACAGCUCCCGUCGUUUCGCCUGCAACAAGUCCCGCUUUCGACGACACGCAUGACCCGUUCGCAUCCUCGCCUAUCAUCGCUCCUCCCCAAUUUGAUCGAUUUCAAGUAUCAUUCCCGACCUCGAGAUGCGGAUCGCCCCGAGAGGAUGAGGAUGUCGAGAGCGUUACCAAGUUGAAUGAAGCGAAUAGCAGGAGUCCGGUUGUCAAAACGGAGCUUUCGCUCGUCAAAACACCGGAUGAAGAAGCGCUCUCAGAGUUGUCUAUCAAGGCAGGUGUCAACUCUGUUACGUUGUCACCGCGAGACAGCGCAAAGACUGGCGGACCUCUCGAAGACACGGAUGCGACGAUCGGUCGGCUACCCGAACCGAAAGCAUUGCCACCUGCUUCCCUUGCGGGCCGAUCGGUCAAGUCAUCUCUCCCCAGAGUACUCCGACCCAGACUCGCUAUCAACUUUGCAUGGGACGACAUGAGCGUCCCCUCGGCCAUCACCAUCGCUUCAACUGAACAAGGCGAUCCUGAAAGUCUUCAGAAACAACCAGCCUCUGUAAGCGACGUCGCGCCCUGUUAUCCGCCUGACAACGCCGUGUCACGUCGCAAUCGAACGACCAGUCUAGGCUGGGCAACCGGGUUGGCCUGCGAUACAGCCUCAGGCUUGGCGCUGUACGGACUCAGCUACGUCCCACGUCCCUUACUUCCGAGAGCUCUCGCUCAACGCCGAUCAGCUUCCGAGCAUGUCGCUAUCGAUCGAUGAGGAGGAUAGGCGUUACGAUAGACAUUCGCUUUGGGCCCGCACGGCGGGCAUCGGUACAACGGGAACUUUGGGAUACACGGUAGAGGGAUAAAUGAUACAAAUUGGUAUAAUAUAGAUCAUCGCGU